GUAUGUUUGUUGUGUUUGCGCGUUAGCGCAGCGUUGCGUUCUACUUUUAAAAACUGCAUAUUGCACUGAAUUAAUAUUAGAAUGAAGCGAAGGCUGCCAAAUAUCUUAAUAACAGGCACACCUGGUACAGGAAAGUCUACCCUUUCAUCAGAAAUCGGAGAACAGUGUUCAUUGGAAUGGAUCAAUGUAGGUGAAGUUGCCAAAAGUGGUAAUUUUGUUGAAGAUUAUGAUGAAAACUUUGAUUGUCAUAUCAUUGAUGAAGACCAGGUUGUCUCUGAAUUAGAGGAUAAGAUGUUGGAAGGAGGUAAAAUUGUAGAUUAUCAUGGCUGCGACUUUUUCCCUGAAAAUUGGUUUGAUAUUGUAUUUGUGCUCACCACUGAUAACACUAUUUUGUAUGAUCGACUUGUUAGAAGGGGUUAUAAUGGUAAGAAACUAGAAAACAACAUACAGUGUGAAAUAUUUCAGACUUUAUAUGACGAAGCCAAAGGAGCCUAUAAUCCAAGUAUUGUUUUUAAAUUAAAAAGCAACACUCCAGAGGACAUGGAAUCCAAUAUAGAAGAAAUCUGCCGAUGGGUCGAAGCAUACAAAUCCAAUAAUGCUAAUGGAUGAUUUUGCAAGAAGAGCUCAAUGAGUGUUAUGUACAUUUCUGUGCCUUUUUAUAUGAAGAGUCAUUUCACAAAAUGACUUAUUUGUUAUAAGUUAUUGAUUAUUAAAGAAUAAUUUUGUCUGUUUUCUUUUUA